AUGCAGGCAGUCUGUCAUAUAUCCCAGGCUUCCAACAUUAGUGUGGCACAGGAGGGAAGUCGAUUUGACUUGAAAGAGGAUACAGUCGAAAGCCUUCUGUCUACUGCCUGCUUAUUACAACUGUCUGAAGUUGUAGAAGCUUGCUGCAGCUUUCUUAUGAAACAAUUGCAUCCUUCAAAUUGCAUUGGAAUUCGCCAAUUUGCUGACGCUCAGGGAUGUGCUGAUCUUUAUAAGGCUGCUAAUAAUUAUGUCAUGGAGAAUUUUGUAGAAGUAAUGGAAAAUCAGGAGUUUCUGAUUCUGUCUCAUGAUGAAGUUGCUAAACUGCUGUCAAGUGAUGACCUCAAUGUUCCCAGUGAAGAAGUAAUAUUUCAAGCACUAAAAGCCUGGGCAAGGCAUGACCUUGCCAAUCGGAAAAAGUACCUUUCCAAGUUACUUGCUCACAUCAAGUUACCUCUGAUGGCACCUCAGUUCAUAGCCGACCAUGUUCGAUCAGAUCCCAUCUUUUGGGAUGAUAAAGAAUGCCAGGACCUCAUUAUGGAGGCACUAAUGUACCAUGUAUUGCCAGAACGCCGUUCCUCAUUCCAGAGUCCACGGACCAAACCACGCAAGUCUACAGUAGGAGUUCUCUACGCGGUGGGGGCCAUGGACAACACUAAAGGUGCAACGACAAUUGAAAAAUAUGAUCUCCGAACAAACACAUGGACUCAAGUUGCCAACAUGAAUGGACGACGACUGCAAUUUGGAGUUGCAGUUCUUGAAGGUCGUCUUUAUGUUGUUGGUGGCAGAGAUGGCUUGAAGACACUCAACACAGUUGAGUGCUAUGACCCUAAACGUAAGACCUGGAGUUCAAUGCCUCCAAUGUCAACACACAGGCAUGGAUUAGGUGUUGGAGUACUUGAAGGUCCAAUGUACGCAGUUGGAGGGCAUGAUGGUUGGUCAUAUUUAAAUACUGUGGAGAGAUGGGACCCUCAAGCCAGACAGUGGAGCUAUGUGGCCCCUAUGUCCACCCCACGAAGCACCGUGGGCGUGGCAGUACUUGGUGGAAAGCUGUAUGCUGUUGGUGGUAGAGAUGGCAGCUCUUGCCUGAAGUCAGUAGAAUGCUUUGACCCUCACACAAACAAAUGGACUGCAUGUACAGCCAUGUCCAAGCGGAGGGGAGGGGUUGGUGUUAGUACAUGCAAUGGCUUUUUGUAUGCAGUUGGUGGCCAUGAGGCCCCGGCAUCUAAUCCAACUUGCUGUCGGUUUGACUGCGCUGAAAGGUACGACCCUAAAACUGAUCAAUGGACAAUGAUAGCACCCAUGUGCACACCACGUGACGCUGUUGGUGUUUGCCUACUUGGUGAUCGCCUCUAUGCAGUCGGAGGCUAUGAUGGUCAACAAUAUUUGCAUGAUGUUGAAUGUUAUGAUCCAGUGACCAAUGAAUGGACAAAGGUUGCAUCCUUAUGCACCGGCAGGGCUGGUGCAUGCGUGGUGCAUGUCAGCAGCACUAGCUGA